GUCUGUGGACAGCCGCGGGACGCGAUGGCUCCUCAGCGCCGGGCCGGUUCCAGGACUGCGGAGAGCGGCGGGGCUGGCGCGGGAGCUCGGGCGCAGGAGAGCCGACGCCUCAGCAGUGUAAUGAAAGGAAAUGGCCAAAAGGAUUCACGACGUAAAUGGCUCAAAGUGGCAUUUCUUCUCUCAUCUGCUAUGCUGGGCUAUCUUCUGAGUGGGAGCUAUUUGCUCAGUGAAGAAGGGGUUACAGAAGUAUUGGCUCAUUAUGGAGAAAUCGUAAAGGACAAAUUUAUUGAGGUACCCUGUUCGGAGGACUAUGACAGCCACAAACGUUUUGAAGGCUGCACCCCUCGAAAGUGUGGAAGAGGAAUAACAGAUGCCAUUAUCAGCAGGGUGGAAGCUGAGAGAAUCCGUAGAAUAGCAGAGAAGGGCUUGUCCCUGGGAGGAUCGGACGGAGGGGCUUCAAUUCUGGAUUUGCACUCUGGAGCUCUUUCUUUAGGAAAGCAUUUUGUGAAUAUGUACAGAUAUUUUGGUGAUAAAGUCCACGAUACCUUUACAGAAGAAGAUUUUCAUUUGUACAGUGAAGUGAGGCAGAGAAUUCAACAAAAAAUAGCGCUCGCUUUUGGUAUCAGCUCUUCUUCCAUGUAUUUGACCAAGCCAACCUUCUUCUCCAGAAUAAACAAUUCAGAAGCCAAGACAGCUCAUGAUGAAUACUGGCACCCGCAUAUUGACAAGGUGACUUAUGGUUCCUUUGACUACACUUCACUGCUUUACCUCUCAGACUAUACUGAAGACUUUGGCGGAGGGCGGUUUGUCUUUAUGGAUGAAGGUGCAAACAGGACUGUAGAACCUCGAGCAGGCAGAGUUUCCUUCUUCACUUCAGGCUCAGAAAACCUUCAUCGCGUGGAGAAAGUCCAUUGGGGCACCCGCUAUGCCAUCACCAUUUCCUUCACCUGCAAUCCUGAUCAUGGUAUUGGGGAUCCAGUUUUAACAUAAUGAGACAGGUGGCCAAACAGAUUAACAAGAGAACCCCUGUGCAGGAGGGAAAAAAAAGAGAUUAACUUCUUAUUUAAGUUCCACUACGUUGAGUCUUCUAAAUGUUUAUUUAAUGUCAGUGUCAGCUGUUUUCACACACUCAUCUUCCUCAUAAGUGUUGAAACAGUGCCUUAAGGACCAUCUUUUUAAUUUAAUGGGAAUUUAGAGGCUGCAGAACUGGCCCUGUAUCUUUUUGCUAAUAGAGGAAGCCUAAAUUUUGCCCCUUUUAAAAUAUUCCCUUUCAUAACUUACUUUUUUAUGGGCAAAUGAACACUCAGGAACAUGUAAUAAAGAAGAAUUAGAGCACUUUCUGAUGAUUUUCGAAAUGCCUUUUCUUCCACCCUAUCUAUGUUCCUUCUUUCCCUAUGGUAAUUAAAUUCUGGAAAAUAAUAGGUGAUAGCCAAGCAAAGUCUUGAUCAUUUACACAAACCACACCUUUUUGUAUUUCAAACUGCUUGUACAAAACCUGAGGCUAUAGUUUUUGUAGAUGUUAUCCAUGUAUCAGUUUUUAAAACCUUUGUUGUU